AUGAGCAACACGGGGCAGAGCCUCUGCUUCAGACUGCUGCUGAGGAUGCAAGGGUCUUGGUCGCUCCUGUGCCUGACGUUCUUGAUAAAACUUUCAGCUGGCCCUCUACAUCUCAUCCAGGCGGUCAACCAGUGUGGGGCGGCCAGUGCACAAGUGUGUGACUUUUUCUGUGAUUGCUGGGACUGUUCAGAUGAAAACCAAUGUGGUUAUAAUAAGGUUUCAUCCAUUCUGGAAACCCCUUUCACUUGUGACUUUGAAGGCAGCACCUGCGGCUGGAAAGAUGUGAGCACCUCAGCUUAUCAAUGGAUCCCAGCGCAGGCCAGCAUCUCAACACAGGGGAUGGAGCCUCCUUUUGACCAUACUUUGGGCACUGAUAUGGGUUGGUACAUGACCACUUCGAAGCAGAGAGGGAAGAUUUCUCUCACAGCCAGGCUCAUAUCCCCACAAAUGAGAGAAGCAGCUGCAACGUGUGAGAUCCGAGCUUGGUAUCACUUGUCAGGACCAGGACUCAAUGAGACUCAGCAGCCCAGUUUGACGGUGGAGCUGACACAUGUAAAUGGCACCGUGACACUGUGGCGAAGCCCCCCAAGCAGUGCCUAUUCCUGGAGGGAACUGGUUGCAUACACUGGCCGGGUUCAUGGGAUGUUUCAGAUAACCUUCUCUUCAACACAAGACUUAUUUGGGACAGUGGUGGUGGCGCUGGAUGAUGUGGAGUUCAGAAAUUGUGGCCCCCCACAUUCCCAGACCUGUGACCUGUAUGAAGUUGACUGCCAGCAAGGUGGAUGUGUGGGUUUGGACCGGCUGUGCGAUGCAACUGAAGACUGUAGAGAUGGCAUAGAUGAAAAAGACUGUGAUUCUGUCAGUGUCUGUUCCUUUGAUGAAGGAUGGUGCGACUGGGUGCCUGAGGACGAGAACCUCUCCUGGGCAAGGAACUCCAGCCUCAACAUGACCUCGUCUCCCGCUUUCCCCACACGGGACCACAGCACCAAUAGUCAGGAAGGUUACUUUGCCUUCAUUAGCAACGGCCCCCAGAACUCGCAAGGAGGGAGAGCGUGGCUGAUCAGCCCGACUCUGGAAACCAAAAUCAGCCAUCCCUGUACGCUGGUGCUGUACGUCCACCUGUAUGACUCCGAUACCAACAGCCUAAAUAUCUACUAUCGGACAGAAAAAUCGAUGCAGCUUGUCAAGAGUCGCUCUGGGGAACUGGGCAACUACUGGUUCCGGGAGAAUGUGGUUUUCAGUGUGGCGGAGAAGUUCCAGAUUGUCAUUGAGGGGGUGAUUGGAAUGGGGCAGCCUGGGAGCAUUGCGCUGGAUGAUCUGAUUCUGUCUCCUAGCUGCAUAAGGUCAGCAGAUAAUCUUACUGUCACCCCUGAGUCGGAAACCCACGGCCCCUGUCCCGCGGACCAGUUUGCGUGCGACAAUAAGACGUGCAUCCCUGUGGAGCGGACCUGUGACUUUAAGGCAGACUGUGAUGACGGCUCUGAUGAAAAGCAUUGUGGAAUGGCAGGAUUAUCCCAAGGCACAGGAGGAUGGAGAGAUGUCAGCGUGGGGCACCUGGAAUGGUCUGUUCAAAGGAACACCACCAAGGAAGAUUCUUUUGGGUACUCUUUUGGCCUGCAGGAAGCCCCGGGACAGAUGUUGUCACUGGCUAAGGCCAUCUCCCCUGCAUUGGGUCCCUCGGGGCUGGCCUGCACUCUGGAGAUAGACUUCACCAUUGGACCUCAAGGAUUCCUUGCACUUGCUGUUGCAGACAAGAGUCCGGGAACUCAUCAUAUAGCAUGGACUGCUUUGGGAAACGGCACUGCAGUGCAAGCACAGGUCGCAGUGCCUCUCGGUGCUAGAGGCAGGCCCUUCCAGGUUGCUGGAUUUAAAGGUCAUAAGAUCGAUGUCAUUGAGAUGGACGGAUCAUCUCAAGGCCUGGCCGCAGAUGGCUAUGAGCUUGAGCUGCUGGGUCUGGAGAACCUGAAAGUGUCCAUGAAUUCCCAUCUCGCCGUCAGGAAUAUGACGUUUGUGCAAUGUGGCUCCAGCCAAGUGCUACCGUCAGGGUUGUCCUGCAACUUUGAGAUGGACUGGUGCAGCUGGUUCAUUGAACAGAGUGACGGCUUUGAAUGGGAGCGACGCGAGGGAGGGGGUACAGACCAUACUACCGGCAAAGGCUAUUUCCUCUCGGUGGAUCCUUCUGACCGCAGCUCUCUCGGUUACAGCGCACGUCUGGUUUCUACCCCUCAGGCCCCUCCUGAUAAGGGGCAGUGCCUUUCUUUCUGGUAUCGCAUGGAUGGCCCCCAAAUAGGGACUCUAAACUUGAAGGUGAAGCGCAGUGGAGAACCAGAGCAUAUCCUGUGGACCAGAACAGGGAGCCAUGGUGCUGUGUGGCACCGGGCAUUCUCCAGCAUCUCCAACCCCCCUGCUCAGAAUUAUCAGGUGAUCUUUGAAGCCCUCCGGGAUGGGUUCUUGGGUGCGAUGGCUCUGGAUGACAUCACAGUGACACAGGGACCCUGCAGUGCACAAAAGCAUUGCUCCUUUGAGACCAAUGACUGUGAGUUUGUGGGCACCAAGCAGCACCCGUGGAUACAGCGGACUGGCACAGAUGGACAGGGCCCUCCGACAGACCACACCCUGGGCACACCGAAAGGACAUUACAUGAUCAUCAACUGCAGUGCGGAGACCCUGCCAGUGGGGCAGAAGGCUACUUUUCAGUCCUCAACCUUCCCAUCUUUGCUUCACACCCAUUGUGUGAUGUUCUGGUACUACCUGAGCAUCAGUGAUCCAGGGUCCUUGACCGUGUAUGUGGAGGAGAGGGGCACACAAAGGAAGAUGCUGAGCAUCAGCACAAUGCAAGGGGAGGCCUGGCGCUAUAGUAACUUCAGUGUCCAGGUCCAAGAUGAAUGGCAGGUGGUGUUUGUGGUAGAAGGUACUGGAGGAGGUCCCUCCUCCUACAUUGCUGUGGAUGACCUUCAUGUGAUGGAAGGGGCCUGCCCUAAAUCAGGGUCUUGUGACUUUGAGUCGGGCAUGUGCGGAUGGAGCAAGCCCCAUGGAGACUGGUACAGCUGGGACUGGAAGGAAGGGAGCACCCCGCUGUGGUCCCCAUCCCCCAAGGAGGACAGUACCCUUGAGACUGAAGCAGGUCACUAUGCUUAUGUUGACAUUGGAGUGCUGGGGAUGGGCAGAAACGUGGCUGGCCUGGCGAGCGAACACCUGCCAGCUACCACUGGCUCUUGCCUACGAUUCCAAUAUCACAUGAAUUUCAUGGAGCAAAGCUCCCAAGCACAACUCAAGGUGAAGCUCUUCAGCCUGCAAGGCGAACGAACAGUGUGGAGUGCCACUGGACAUCAAGGCCGGACCUGGAUGAACCAAACUUUCUCCGUGACGAGCCUCACUGAAUUCCAGAUUGUGCUGGAAGCCACAAGUGGAGCAUGGCCAACCUUGGGGACCAUUGCUGUAGAUGAUAUCUCAUACACAGCCGGCUCAAGCUGUGGUCCCAUCCAGAGCAGGGACCAGGAGGAAGGUAACAGCGGGAUUUCGGUGGCAGGGUUGGCAGCUGGCGUGGUGUGUUCCAUUUUCCUGGUGGUGAUUGGAGCAAUUGGUGCCAGCUAUUGUAUGAAGAAGUGGAGAACACCGAGAGGUGGCAGACUAGAAGAGAGCGUCGACAUCCAGGGCUUUGACAACAUCACCUUUCGAGAUGAUACAGUCAUCAUUCCACGGUUGCCGGCGGAUGAAGAAACAGAGUAG